ACUACUUCCGGGAAAACAAUAACAUGUUUUUUUGUCCAACUGAAAUGCAUGAGCAAAAGCAAGCUGUUAAGAGCGUAAAACCACCGAAGUCACAACAUUUUCCUCUUGAUAUAUAAAUGAACUUCAUGGUUCUGUUCAUUUAUAUAGAAAACAACGACUGUCAACUUCUAUAGUAUAUCCUUGAUUUAUCAUGAAUCAAGAGCAUUGUAGACGCCUACAUGUCAACCCAGAUACAAAUAUUGGUGAUUUAUCGAGUAGAUUUAUGCUCAAAUUACGUGAUGACCUAGAUUCUAACCCAGAAACAUGUAACUGGAGAGCAUUCUUAGCUAAGGCAGCUGAUAAUCCAAAUUAUAGAUUUAGUAGUGCAGAUGUAGAGAGAAAGUUUGGAAGCCAAGUUUACCAUGGCAGUCCUAGCAAUAAGAUGUUAUGGGAACUUGGAUCUAUGGGAAUGACUGCUGCUGAACUGGUUUACAGUCUAGAUAAGUUAAAGUUGGAAAGUGUUCUUAUGGAUAUAAAGAAAUAUGAGCCAAUUGUAAUAGUUAAUCAACCUGCUGAACGAAAAACUGUAAAUAAAGGAGAAGUUUUAGAAUUAGAAGUCAAAGCUAUAGGAUUCCCUUAUCCUCGAUACCAGUGGUUCAAAGAGAAUGAAAAAGACUGGGAUAUCUUAGAUAAAGAAAAAAGCAGCAUACUCAGAAUUAGAAAUGUCAGUAAGUCAGAUGCAGGUGUGUAUUGUUGUCGGCUACAUAAUGGAGAUAUUAAUUCACAAGUAGAAUUCACCAAUCAGUCUACAGUGUCUGUAGAGAUGAGUAAGGACCCAGGGGCUUAUAGAGAUACUUUUGAUGAGAGACCAUCUAGAUAUGAUUUGAUUCCAUCAUUUGAAGUACAACCGAAGAACGUGACUGUACAGAUUUGUGAUGGUUUUAUUUUAGAAUGUCGAGUUCUUAGUAAAUAUCCUGUCAUUUAUGAUUGGUAUAAAAACCAUGAAAUAAUUAAAAGAUCUGAUCAGCCAUUUUAUGAGGUGAAAGCCGCAUAUAAAGCAGACAUGGGUACAUAUGAAUGCAGAGCCAGGAACCAGUUAGGUGAAACAAUGAGUGAUGUUGUUAAAGUAACAGUUAUGUUGGGAAAAAAUUCCUCAGCUGAAGAACCAAUAGUUGACCCUGUUGGACCAACAGAGAUAGAGAUCAUAUCUAAUCCUAAAACAGUCAUUAUAGAGUUUGGUGGGGAUUGUUUAUUUAGUUGUGAGGCAAGAUGCAGCAUACCUCUAGUAUAUCAGUGGUUAAAAGAUGGUGUUCCUAUUGAGGGUGAAAUAAAACCAUCUUUAGUAUUGAAGAAAGUACAGAAUUAUGAACAUCAGGGGUUGUACACAUGUAUGGUUUCAAUACCUGGAACAAAAAAUAUUAGAUUAUCAUACCCUGCCAGUCUGUCUAUUAAGACCAAUGACAAACCAGAGUUUAAUCCUAGCGACAAAGUUGCUCUACUUAUAGGAAACUUUGACUAUAGAUGUGAGUCACCAUUAAGUGCUCCAAAGUCAGAUGUUUACACCAUGGCAGAAAUUUUCAGAAGUUUGGACUUCAAAGUUGUUUCAUUGCUUAAUUUAACAAAAUUGGAAAUGCAGUCUGCAGUUGAGGAAUUUGUAAAACUGAUAGGUAGUGAGGUAUAUGCUGUAUUUUAUUUUUGUGGACAUGGUUUUGAGGAGGAAGCUAAAUGUUACUUAGUUCCUCCUGAUGCUAGACAUGGAUAUACAGUAGAAGACUGUGUUUGUGCUGAGGACGUGUUAAGUCAGAUGCAGAAUUACACAGAAACCUCACCAGCUCUGAUUGUACUCAUAUUGGACAUCUGUAGAAUCAGGAAUUUGCAACCACCUACAAAUCGAGAACAGGAUGCAAUGGCCUCUAAUCUAAGCAACAUUCCAAUGAAAGGCAACACAGUGUUCUGUUAUGCUACGAGCAAAGGAAUGUAUGCCUAUGAAGAUAUUCAUAAUGGAAUAUUAGUUAAAUAUUUGAAGAAAUAUUUGCCAAAACAGAUGAGUGUUUUAGAUGUUUUCACAAGUGUACAAGAAGAUAUAGGAAAGGAAUCUCAAUAUUACCACAUUCAGAUACCAGAGAUUAAGUCUAACUUAUUACAACCUAGACGAUCGCUGGCAGACAGGAUCUCUACAAAAGGCCAUACAAAAGCUUACAACCAGAGAACGUUAUUGUGGAACAAUGCUCAUGAAAAGCCUCGAUCAAAAGAGAUAGAAAUUCCUGCAAUAAAUGGAAAAGUUUUGUUAGAGUUUCAGACAGAAUUCUCUAACAUGCUGACAAUAUUCUGCACAGUUAUGCCAAUGACAAUGGGAAAAUCCUUAAAGUAUCAUUUAGGAUGUAUUGCUCAUUUACCCAAGACAAUAUCAAUAUUUGGAAGUGUUAGUCAGGUUCAUGAUGACCCACCUAAGACAAAGAUAGUUUUACAAGACUUGCAGAAAUUAACAAAAGAUUUAGAAGUUCAAGUAUUUGUUGUGAAUACAGAGACAAAACAGAGAUAUGAAGGGCCAAAAGUCAACUUAGGCAAACCUUUAGUUGGAAUUUUAGAUUUGUGGAAACCAAGACGACAACCAAUCGAAUGUAGUGAAUCGAUGUGAAUAGUUAAUAUGUAAACAUCAACCACAACCAAUAUAAUGAAAGAAUCAAUUUGACUUACAGCAUUUAUUAUUGUGACUUGCCACCAGAAAAACCUCAUCAAUAUGGUUUAUGUAACAUGCUGUCAGAUAUAUUACCGACUUGUAUUAGAUGUUAUGUUUAUUAUAGUUUGACAGGAAGGGUAAAUACUGGUUUAUAUCUGACAUUAGAAUUGCACGUAUUAAUCAAAUGAUGCUGAAAAGCAAUCACUUUCAAACUCCUACAUUCCUCUUUUUCUUUUGACAGGGCUCGACAAUAACGCUUGUCCGAUUGUCCGGUACCAGAGAAAAAAAGGGCGGACAAGUAAAAGCUAUAUCAAGCUUGUCCGAUGGGACAAGUCAAAUUAUUCUGCAUAAAAUAAAUUUAAUCCAACUUUGAUGAACAAAGUAAUUAUAAACAAAAAACAAGAAAAUAAAAUAAAAACAAGUAUUAAUUUGACAUGUUUACUUGCAAUCGAUAAUUUAAAAUUGGUUCUUUGUCAGGUACUUUUUAACAGGUAAAAGACAUACUAUUAUCGGAAACCAGUCUUACUGAUCCGAAUAAGGGAUGCGCUUUUUAGAUAGAUAACUUUACAAGACAGUUCGCCACCAGCUUGGAAACGAUUCGGCUCCAAGUUUAAUAGACAGUUUGGCACCGUAGGAGACAUAUUUAAUAGACAUGAUAAAUAGACAGUUUGGCUACGCAGUAGAAAUUUCGGGACCAAGACAAAUCAGUACGGGACCAAGACAAAUCAGUACCUCGCUUUCCUACCUUGAUUCUGUUGCUUUAUUAUAAAUAUCAAACCAGUAAUUUUUUAACAAAAAUAUUUUUUAAAUAAAAAUGAAGAAAUUAUUUACCAUAAAAUUCACAAAAUCAUAUUUGAUCAUAUGUAGAAAAAAAAACAAUACUUGCAAUACAGUGACCUAUAGUUGUUAAUUUCUGUGUCAUUUGGUCUCUAGCAGAGAGUUGUCUCAUUGGCAAUCAUACCUCAUCAUCUUUUUUUAUUGAUUGCAUUUGAAUAAACUUUUUUCAACUUAAAAAACAGGAUACAAAUCCAAUAAGUGUACAUUGACAGGCCUAUCAGACGGUGCCUCAUGUGCAGAGUCUGAUGGCAUUGAUGAAAACUAGAACCUUAAAGUCCUGUGACAUGACUAGAUUCAGUUGUUCUCAACUCAUAUUUUUGAAAAGCAUAUCAAAAGAUAUAAAACUAACUUCUGUUAUGUUGUUUUAAUUCAUUUUGUUCCUUGAAUCAACUUAAAAUGCCAAAAAAGGUUAUUAUUAAGAUUUUUUUUGGACAAGUUACAAUUACAUUCGGACAAGUAAAUUUUGGUAUGUACUUGUCCUACUGGACAAGUUGAAAAAAAAGUUAUUGUAGAGGCCUGUUUGAGAUGUUUAUCUUUCAGAAGUUAGAGCGAGUCAAUAUCUGUUCUAAACAUAGAGAUCUGUCCAUAUUAACUACUAUGCCACUUUAAUAUACAUUUAUACAGCAGUUACAGAUUUUUGUUGUACUUAGGUAUACCAUAUAAUAUAAGGAUAUGUAGAAUGUUUGCCAAUGAAACAACUGUCAACUAGAGACCAAAGGUCAAUGAUAUAAACAGCUACAGGUCAUUGUAUUUUCCCACUGUUAAGACAUACAAUGUAUUUUUUAAAUUCUUUAAUAUCCCUGCUGCAUGAAUUUGCAAUAAAUGCCUGAAUUCUUGGACCUUACUUCAACACAUUUUUAUUUUGGUGGUCUUAUUUGACCAUAGGAUAUUUGGACGAUCACUUUUGAAAUGCCCCUUUAAACAUUUUUAGCUCACCUUGCCCAAAGGGCCAAGUGAGCUUUUCUCAUCACUUGGCGUCCGUCGUCCGAUGUCCGUCGUCGUUGUCGUCCAUGUCCGUCGUCGUUAGCUUUUUACAAAAAUCUUCUCCUCUGAAACCACUGGGCCAAAUUUAACCAAACUUGGCCACAAUCAUCAUUAGGGUAUUUAGUUUAAAAAAUGAUUCCGAUGACCCCGCCAAUCAACCAAAAUCGUCAGUCGACCCCUUUAGGAGUUAUUGCCCUUCAUAGUCAAUUUUUAACAAUUUUUCGUAAAUUUUUGUAAUCUGCUACAAAAAUCUUCUUCUCUGAAACUACUGAGACAAAUUUAACCAUACUUGGCCAUAAUCAUUAUUAGGGUAUCUAGUUUAAAACUUUGUCCGAUGACCCCGCCUUCCAACCAUCAUGGCUGAUUUGGUUGAAAAUAGAACAUGGGGGGUAAAAUGCAGUUUUUGGUUUAUAUCUCUGAAACUAAAGCAUUUAGAGCAAAUCUGACAGGUAGCAAAAAUGUUCAUCAGAUUUAGAUUUAUCUGCCCUGAAAUUUUCAGACGAAUCCAACAACCCGUUGUUUGGUUGCUGCCCCUGAGUUAGUAAUUUUACAGAAAUUUUGCUGUUUUUAUACGCCCGUCAAAUUUUUGACGGGACGUAUUAUGUUAUACAAAUGUCCGGCGUCCGUCCGUCUGUCUGUCCGUCUGUCUGUCCGUCUGUCUGUCCGUCUGUCUGUCCAUCUGUCUGUCCGGCGUAAACAUGUCGCACCGUAACUUGAGAAUGACUUAUCCAAAUUUCAUGAAACUUAACAUAGUUGUUUCUUAUGAUGGUCAAACGAUCUGUAUACUUUUUGGUGAAAAUAAGAUUAAAACUUUUUGAGUUACGGGACUUAGUAACUAAAACAGGUGUGUGUUUUUUUUCACCUGUCGCGCCGUAUCUCAAAAACAAUUUAUGAUUAUUGCUUAAAACUUUACACAAUUCUUAGUUAUAUUAAUCUUAAGAUCUGUAUACUUUUUGGUGAUGAUUCAAAAUUUUAUUUUUGAGUUAUUGAGUAUUUUGUUAAAAAGGGGGAGGGGUUUUUCACAUGUCACGCCGUAUCUCAAAUACAGUUUAUGAUUAUUGCUUAAAACUUUACACACUUCUUAGUUAUAUUAACCCUAAGAUCUGUAUACUUUUUGGUUUUGAUUCAAAAUUUUAUUUUUGAGUUAUUGAGUAUUUUGUAAAAAAAAGGGGGAGGGGUUUUUCACAUGUCGCGCCAUAUCUCAAAAAUGAUUUAUGAUUAUUGCUUAAAAUUUUACACACUUCUUAGUUAUAUUAAUCUAAAGAUCUGUAUACUUUUUGGUUUUGAUUCAAAAUUUUAUUUUUGAGAUAUUGAUUUUUUUUUUUUUAAAGGGGUGUUUUCACAUGUCGUGCCGUAUCUCAAAAACGAUUUAUGGUUAUUGCUUAAAAUUUUACACACUUCUUAGUUAUAUUAAUCUAAAGAUCUGUAUACUUUUUGGUUUUGAUUCAAAAUUUUAUUUUAUAGAUAUUGAGUUUUUUGUUUAAAAGGGGUGUUUUCACAUGUCGCGCCGUAUCUCAAAAACGAUUUAUGAUUAUUGCUUAAAAUUUUACACACUUCUUAGUUAUAUUAAUCUAAAGAUCUGUAUACUUUUUGGUUUUGAUUCAAAAUUUUAUUUUAUAGAUAUGGAGUUUUUUGUAAAAAAAAAAAGGGGGUUUUCGCAUGUCACGCCGUAUGUCAGAAACUAUUUAUGCUUAUUGCAUAAACAUUCACACACAAGACGACGGGCGUAUCAUACGCUCAUGGCGCAGCUGUUUAUUUGUUAUUAUCUUAGAUAUCAUUAUAAUAUCUGAUAUCUAAUACUAUUAAUUAUAAUUUUAACCUUAUUUUACAUGAUUUCCAAAGCAUCAGUAAAUACAGGUGAGCGACACAGGCUCUUGAGAGCCUCUAGUUUCUCAUGUUAGAAAACUCCUUUUGGACAAUGCUUUGUUUUCUGCAAUGGAUAACAAACCCUUGAGUUCAUGUAUAUAUCCCUUUAUUUUUGAUGAUGCAUAUUUUUUUAGCACCAUGCCUUAAUUCACCGUUUUAAUGGUCAUAUAUCAGCUCAUUAUUUCACUGCAUGGAUAUACUAUGUUCGUAUGGUUGCUCAAUUUCAGUCAUAUUUAUUUUAUAGUAGACUGAAAUUUUAAAGAUAUCUUGUUAAAGUCAUGUCAAAGUCUUUCAUCAUCAUCCAGUGGUCAGUUGUAUGUUUAAUGUUUUUGCUUCAAUGUACUUUAAAUUCAGAAACUAUUGCGGAUUUUUAUUAACGCGAAUAAUGUGACUGGGUGAGUAUCACAAUACUAAGAACUCACAUUCUGAUAUACGAUACAUAUAUCUGUAUUCAGAUUUGCCUGAAGUCGCAAUAAUUAAAGUCUCAUUUCUGUCUAUUCUGUAAAAAUCACAAUAACAAAUGCACUCAAUAAUUUCUGAAUUUACAGUAUUUGAAUGUUUAUGUUAAUUAUGUCUGUCUUAAGCUUAACUAUAUUUUUAUUGUUAUUAAUUUGUAUAUUGUUAAUUGAUAGAUUAUCUGUUUUGUUGAAAGGACCUUAUUAGUAUAUGAAAGAUAUACUGUUUUUUUAAUGUGUCAACCCACCAAUAAUAUGGAAAAUCUUUAACCAAUCAUUAUUGGAACAUCUGAUUGGCUGUCUCAAUUGUUACAUGCCUUUGAAGUGAAACCAUUGAGUUGAACCAGGUUAUACUCAUCAAGUGAAAAGGAUUAGGGAAUCUUUCGUCCCUCUUUUAUGAGGUCCUACAGGAACAAGACUGGAUGCUUUGACAGGAUAAGCAUCUCCUUCUAUGUAAACAUCAAUAGCAUCUCUAACCAUGCGAAUCUAGACUCAGUCAAAAUGUCAUGACGGAAGAGGUCAGAAUUAAAACAUUUACAAAUCAGGUUUAUUAAGACAGCAAACACAUACCUCUAGUGUUAGUUGAGUAACACACACAUUCUAUUUGUGAUGAUGACCAUAAAAUUAUUGCAGUGUCGUUCUUCCUCAUAACCCUGGUGAACAAGUUCUGCCUUAUUAAAUCACUCCUGAUAAUGAAGUAUUUAUAAUAUGAUCAUGCAUGCCAUAAAAUUUCAAAUGAGAUAUGUGAACAACACAUGAUGGAGCAGGUAGUAUGUUAUUAGCCAUAAAUGGAAAGUUGUUAAUGGGGCAACUGAUAUUCAGAUUUGUCAUAGAUUAUAGUUGAAGUCGUCCACAUAUGUCAAUUCAAGGAUCAGUGUGGUUAUUAACAAAUUAAAAAAUCAACAUUUCCAUUUUAGUAAAAAAAAAACAUUGUUUAAUGGGUUGAUGUAGUCGAUUCUAUCAUUUGGGCAUGAGAAAGAGCAGUGUUAUGUGUAGAACAAGUGUUGACAUUAUUACAAAAUGAUAAUGAUUGUGUUUUGAGAUUAUUGAAUUUUUAAGAAUCAACGUCUAAUUAACACUGCUGGUUGAGUAUACCGCAUUUCAAUAUUUUGGAAGGCCAUCUUUUUCCAUACCAAGAAUGGUUAUUAGAAUUUAAGAAAGGUGUAUAGUUGAACCUCUAAAUGAGUCUGCUAUAUAUUCUUGAUAAUGAUAUUGUGAAGUUCUGGUAACCAAAAUAAACAAGCUAUAUUUUCAUCCUUUUUUAUGCCAAUAUCAAAGAUAUAAUGAUACUUGAUUCGAUUUUUUUUAAAACUUCUCUUUAUAAAAUGAUGUAGGUAUACAAAUGGCCUGCCUUUUACCCAAAUACUGGAACAGUUCUGAACUGGAUCCUUUAAUAACCCGAAGUUCUUUUUCUACUUGAUAGCUCAUGCGAUUCGCUAUUUUGAGCCUUUGGCUAACAAUUAUCAUUGUUUACAAUGUUAACGUUCCUGGUUACAAUAUGGCCAGCAGGAAUUUUUGUAUUGGGACGAAGAACAACCAGAAUCGGAGGGGUUGGAUUAGAGAUUAGAAGACAUUGAGUGUCUUUAAUUAAUCGCUCCCUGCACACACAAAAAAGCAAAAGACAGGCGCUUUUAUUCAAAGUCACAGUGAGGCCUUUAACAGAGAGCCAACAUUCUAGCCUCACUGCAAGUUCAAGACGGCUGCUAUUGAUCUUUUUAAUAUUUGAUCUUUUUUAUUUUUCUCUUUACAUGAACAUACACUUGAUCAAAUCUUCAAAUAUAUAUCAGGAUACUGAGUCUCAAGGUAACCAUGUAUAUUAUUUAAUUCAAUCAUUCUGAAUUAUGGUGAACAUUGAAUGUAACUUUUUACAUCAAUUCAUUGUGUAAUAAUUCAUUCAGUAGAAGACUAUUAAAGAACUGCAUAAACUGUUUUGCAAAUAACCUUUGAUAAAAACUAGUCAGUCAUGAGAAUAAAUUUGUACAUACAUGUUCUCGAACUAUGACCAACAAAUUUAUUUAUUUUUGUAAAAAAUAUCUCCGUACUAACAACAAAAUUAUUAUAUUUAAA